GUUCGUUUGGUCAUAUAAUUUGACCAGAGGUUUCCUCGACAAAACGCAGGUUGUACUCUCGCUGGGAGCAGAGAAUUGAAGUGUACUUGUUCUUUCCUGUUUCAAUUGGAGGUUUUCUGUCCAUAACCCAUGGCAAAUGCUUAUGGACACUUUGUCAAACGGAAAACUCUAACCCCAAAAUGUUCCUCGGCAUCAUUUGAACUGUACAGCUGGCUUUGAGCUGGCGCAAACCUGAUGAUGCGAGUCCAAGAUGUCAUAUAUAUGUUGUUGGAAAUGGGGACUGUGUGUCAUAGGUUGCAGACGUACGACUCCUCUUCCUUGAGUGCAGAUAUCUUGUCUGUUUUCAGUGUUCGAUUAGCCUCGCCGAUAUGCUGGGGGGACCUCCGCGUAAAUCAUGGAGAGAAUGUAUACGGAAUUUUACUUGGGCCUGGCAUACAGUGAUUAUGGGCACUGGGGGUACAUCUGCCCUGGUUCACGCAUUUCCAUACUGGAAUGGUAGUCCGGCGAUCAAGGUCGUCACUUUGAUGGUUUUUUAUCUUAAUCUCCUGCUCUUUGUCUUGUUUACUGGGGCGACUGUCGCGAGAUACAUAAUGUUCCCUGACACCUGGCUCAAGAUGAUCCGACAUCCAACUCAGGGCCCACUCAUGGGCGCAUUUCCAGCGGGAGCUACGACAUUGAUCAAUAUAGCAUUGGUAGCCCAUCAAGAAUGGAACUUUGGAGGCACUGGUUUUCUAUAUACCCUCUGGGGUUGCUGGUGGCUCGAUUCCCUUGUGUCGUACCUCAUCGCUUUUGGAAUGCUGCAUGCGAUGAUGGUGGAACAGAAACACGCCCUUGAUACCAUGACUGCUUUAUGGCUACUCCCAGCUAUCAGUCUCAUCGUUGCAUCUUCAACCGGCGGUUUACUCUCAAUUGCGCUAAAAGCUCACUCGAUGGAGUUGGCCAUCUCAACAGCGCUGUUCUCGUUGACUAUGGUUAUCAUCGGUCUCAGUCUCGCGUUGAUGAUGAUCACGGUGUACCUCGCACGCCUUGUCAUAAGCGGUCCGCCAGAGAAGCUGCUUGUUUUGUCUUCUUUCGUCGCAUUGGGCCCCUUCGGUCAGGGAGGAUACUCGCUACUUAUUAAUGGCCGGAACCUGUCUGAAAUCCUUCCGCUGUACGUCUCGGGCACUUUCCCAGAGGCUGGAGGGCAGAUAAUAUUCUCGUUCUGUUUCUGUGGUGCUUACAUCCUAUGGUCGAUGGGCAUCUGCUGGAUCAUCAUUUCCUCCAACUCUAUAUUAAGUGUGCUCAAAAAGGAGGGAGCUAUACCCUUUUCCAUCACGUAUCAAGGGUUGAUUUUCCCGAAUGCUGUAUUUGCCCUUCUCUCGGUACAGCUUGGGAACGUUCUGAACAGCGACAUUUUCCGUGGAUUUGGCGCAGCGUGGACAGUCAUUGUCUUUAUUCUGUGGCUCAGCAUCUUUGCGAGAACCAGCCUAGCAGUCAUUGACAGGUCCAUAUUUGUAGCGCCGGAUAUCGCAGUUCCACUCUUACCACUUGAGUUUACCGACAGUAUAAAACCUGCGGGAACCAGCCAUGCUAUUUCUAUACAAGGCUAGAGUAGCUUUAAGUAGUACCCUUUCGAAUUGGGCAUGCAUACAUACAAAGUUGC